AUGGCAGUCACUCUCUACGAUCUCACCUCAGCUGCUGGUCUCAAGAAACUCGAUGACUAUCUCCUUUCCCGCAGUUACAUUUCCGGGUACCAAGCUUCCAAGGAUGAUCUCACCGUGUUCGCAGCUCUUUCAAGUGCUCCAUCAGCUGAAUAUGUUAACGUGCUUCGGUGGUACACACAUAUUGAUGCACUCUUGAGGAUCUCUGGUGUUGAUGCUGAAGGAUGUGGAGUUAUUGUCGAGGGAUCUGCUCCCGUCACAGAGGAGGCUAUUGCCACUCCCCCAUCUGCUGACACAAAGGCAAGUGCUGCUGAGGAUGACGAUGACGAUGACGAUGAUGUGGAUCUCUUUGGUGAGGAGACUGAGGAGGAAAAGAAGGCUGCCGAACAACGCGCAGCUGCUGUUAAGGCAUCCUCAAAGAAGAAAGAAUCUGGGAAGUCAUCUGUUUUGUUGGAUAUUAAGCCUUGGGAUGAUGAGACUGACAUGAAGAAGCUUGAGGAAGCAGUUAGAAGUGUUCAGAUGGAAGGUCUUCUCUGGGGAGCAUCCAAGCUUGUACCUGUAGGAUAUGGCAUUAAGAAGUUGACUAUUAUGCUAACAAUUGUGGAUGACUUGGUUUCUGUGGACACUCUUAUUGAGGAAUGUCUUACAGUUGAACCAAUCAACGAGUACGUCCAGAGUUGUGACAUUGUGGCCUUCAACAAAAUCUGUAAGUAUAGAGGAGCUUAUAUUGGCAAAUCUGAGGAUCUCACUGAUAACGAUGGGAGCAGGAGUCUUUUCCAUGAGUUUCAGCUUUCUAGUGGAGUGGCUUUGAAUGAUCACCAGGUAAUUGGUGUUGUUGUUUGCUUGGAUCGUGGUAUUGAUGUUCCGAUGUUGUAUCACUUAGUAGUUCAAUGGGACGACAGUUAA